GCCACCAACGACCUUUUAACCAAAAGCAGAGCAACGACCUGAAAACAGAGAGAGAUCAAAUAUGAGUUCAGCAGCGGCGGCGAGCAAAGCCUGGAUGGUGGCGGCGAGCAUAGGGGCGGUGGAGGCACUUAAAGAUCAAGGGAUAUGCCGAUGGAAUCACGCCAUGAGAUCAAUCCACCACCAUGCCAACUCCAAACUCAGGUCCCUCGUCUCCGCUAGAAACCUUUUCCCUGCUUCAUCCUCUGCUUCAGCUGGGGAGAUGGCGAGCAUCGGUGGAGCUCUGAAGAAAACAGAGUCCUCUUUCGACAGGGUAAUGGGGUUAAGCUGUUAUGGUCCCACCACCACCAGAUUCUGAAUUCCGAUUUCGUUACGAAAAGCAGAAAGUAAUGAACCUGGUGUUUGUGG